ACAUCUUUAUAGUACUAGAUAGUGAACUCCCACCGUGAAUUGAAGCAUUAUGGUCGGGGGGCAAUUGCAUGGUAUUUCAUAUUAUGACAAAUAAGAUUAUUUACGAUUUAUUUUGCAUUGUAUUUUAUUAUUUCUAAACCUGUAGUUUUAAAAACAAAAAAAGUAUUUUAUAUGUCAUUUUACAUUUACUAUUUUAUUUUACCAUUAAAAACGAUGUUGUUCCUAAUACAUUUUGUAUAAUGAAUUAAAUGUUUUGCCCCCCGAGAAAAUGGCGGCCGUCGACAACUGAGCUUCAAUUGAUAACAAUGUAGUACCUUUUCUAUGAGUUCAUUACCCAAAGAUUUUUUCUAUGUUGAAAUGAAUGAUUCAGUGACUUCACUGUCUUCAAUAUCAUCUGAUUCAGUGUCAUCCGAAAGUUCAACAUCUGUAUCUGAUAACUUCUUAACAAUAAAUGAGAAUGAUCUAAAUGAGGAUAUAUUGGAAAAAGAAAUUGAAAAAUGCAAUCAAAUGAUAAGAAUUACUAAAGAGUGUAGUCAAGAACGGAUGCGACUGGUCAGAAGACUAGUAGAGUUAAGGUUCAAAUUAGAAAUGAUAACAGAAAUAAAGGCUUUAGAAAACAAAAAUCUUCCGAAUGAAACAAAAGUGGUUUUUGGUCAUCAUUUAUCUUUUGUAUGGAAACCAAAUUGGUUAGAAAAUAAAUUUUGUGAUGUAUGUACAAAAACUAUUUGGAAAUACAUGCAACAGUUGUAUGAAUGUUCAGAUUGUGGAUACUACUGUCAUAUUUUUUGUGUGGAAAAGAUUAAAAGGGUCUGUACUGCAGUUGUUGCUAGUGAACAUUCUAUGAUUCUGACUAUCACUCCAUCCAAUGGAUUGUUAUCCCAAGAUUACAAAUGUGCUGAAUGCCAAUCAUAUAUCCGUAUUCGCAACACCAAAAUGUCAUCUGAAGAUAAUCUUUCAUUAGAGGCCCGCUUAUGCGACUAUGAUGGUAAAUAUUACUGUCCUUUACACCAUUGGAAUAAUACCGCUUUAAUACCAGCACGUGUUCUAUGUAAUUGGCAAUUUGAAAAAAAAUGUGUGAGUCAGGCAUCUUUUCAACUACUUAAUUUUAAUUAUAAAUCAAAGAUGUACAAUUUGGAAAAACACAACCCUAAACUCUAUACAUAUUUAGAGUCACUAAAUCAAAUCAAAAAUAUUAAAAACGUCUUAGUAAAAAUGAAAAAAUACUUGGUUUUGUGCAAAGUUUGGAAUGCACAAUUAAAAAAUGUAUCCUCUAGAUGUCAUGAAUUGCUAUAUGAUAGUAUUUUGUAUAGCAUGAAAGAUAUGGUUGAAAUAAAAUCAGGACUUUUUUUAGAGGAUUUACGGGGAGUAAAAGAUGUCUGUGAAAAACAUAUUCGAUAUGAAUGCGAAAUUUGUAAAAAUCAAGGAUAUAUUUGUGAGCUUUGUCAAAAGGAAACAAUAAUAUUCCCAUUCGAUGAAGAUGCACAUAGUUGUGUUAAAUGUGAUAAUGUUUAUCAUUACCAAUGUUGGAAAAAUAGAGAUUUCUGCCCUAAAUGUAAAAGAAUUAAAGAACGGUCUAAACUAAAAGAAGUAUAAUUAAAUAUUUAACUGAAAGUAUUAAAACAUUUCAUUUUAAUCUACAAUAAUAUUAUUAGUAUACUCACCAAGAUUUAUAAUAUUUUAUACUAUUUUAAUUAAUUUAUGUCUUAAGUAAAAAUAUUUAAUUGACUGUUGUUUUAUAGCAAUAACUGCCUUUAAAAAUCAUAUUAAUUACUAAAAUGUAUCUAUGGAAGGGUUAAUUACUGUGAUAUUUGUAUUAUGAAUUUAAUUUUAUUAUUAUUGUGUUGAUGUUUAACAUAUUAGAUAAUUACAUAAAUAUUAAUGUUAAUUAAAAUAUAUAUUUUGAAUAUUAUUUCAAAACAUAAUUAUAAACUAUAUAAUGUGAGUUUUCUUAACCAUAUUAGGUAUAUAAACAUUGGUUUACUUUUUAAGUCUUAUAGUUACAACAAUUAUUAUAGUAAUUGACAAUUGUAUGUUUUAAGAAUGAAAUUAGUAUUUAAAAAUAUUUCUGAAAAACCUUAACAAGCCCAGGAAUUACCAUAUUGUUAUUAUUUUUUGCUUUAUAGAACACCUCAGUAUUGUA